GCUUUCUGUGCGCUUUUGGCUGUGACGUAUCUGAAUGCGUGCUCUAUCUCUGUGUGUGUGUGUGUGUGUCUGUAGUGCGGGAGGUACUUCUCGACCAAAAAAAAAAGUCUAGUCGGACAACCAGCGAGUCUCCCUUUCUCCUCUUUUCGAAAUCUUUCAAGACAAAACCCAUUUUAAAUAACUCUUUAUCCAUCGUCAGAGGGUCAAUUCUACUCUCGCUCAUAUAUUUGCACAGAUGGCACACAUUUUACAAUCGAUUCUGGAUUGGCUCCGGAGCCUUUUUUUCAAGACUGAAAUGGAGCUGACGCUUGUUGGUCUCCAAAACAGCGGCAAGACAACACUCGUCAACGUGAUAGCGUCUGGACAGUUCAUCGAAGAUUCUAUUCCGACCGUCGGGUUUAACAUGCGUAAAGUGACCAAAGGCAACGUAACAAUGAAGCUUUGGGAUAUCGGCGGUCAGCCCCGUUAUAGAAGCAUGUGGGAGCGAUACUGUCGAGGUGUUAAUGCAAUAGUAUUCGUGGUGGAUGCAGCAGAUCACGACAAGAUUCCAGCAGCACAUACCGAAUUGAAGAAUCUGUUGGAUAGACCGCCAUUGGCAAAUAUUCCGGUACUCGUACUUGGAAACAAGAACGAUUUACCCGGUGCGUUGACCGUGACAGAGCUUAUUGACCAGUUGCAAUUGAAAUCUAUCACCAAUCGCGAAGUGUCAUGCUACUCCAUCUCAGCCAAAAACCAAGUCAACAUUGAUGUGACGCUCCAGUGGCUGAUAAAAAAGGGCAAGGGCCAGAAAUAAUGAGACUCUCUAACAUCCAGCAACACCGAUCCAACGAACACACAC